GCACCGAAGUGAUGUAAGACAAGAGGGAGGGAGAAAACCAAGAAGGAGGAGAGGAGGAGAAGUAGAGAGAGAGGGAGAGAGACUUUCAGAGAACCAGACACAGAGCAACUCCCCAGUGGGUAUCCUAACAGAGCCUAACUUUGACUCUUAACGGAGCUGACUGUGGGCUCCAGAUCUCAGCACCUUGGAUAGCGACGCGCCGCAACAGCUCAGCCGAGGCGGGGAGAACGCGCAGAGCCCGGGCGGCUGUCAGUUCCUGAGCCAGGUCAGGAUAUGGUUGUGCUCUCCUGUCUAUGCUCAGCGAAGGCUCGCAAUGGGCUUUAGUGUGUCCAUUGCAUAAUAACUGCAGAGAAUGCCCUUGACAAAAGUCCGCACAGAGUUGCAUUCAGCAUGACGGCUGCACAGGACACUGACCGAAUAGGGGAAGACUUGCACGAGACUGAACCUUUGAGCGUUUAACCAGAGUUGAAGUGUCUGUGCAAGCACAUAACACUGGAAGACUUCUUCACAUUAUCAUGGGGAUAAGGUACCUUUUAUUGCUGCUGAUCUACCUGGACCCCCUGAGCGUCUUGAGCGCCGCAACGGGCGGUAAAAAAUCCAAGCAGGCGACCAGGAAGGCUCCGAAAGCCACCGCUAUCCCCACGGUCGUCCCGCAGAAGACUCCAAAACCGUCGCCCGUCAGGAAACACGAGUCCUGCAAGGGCUACUUCGAUGUAAGCGGGCAGUUUGACAGUGCGUUCGAGUGCAACAACACGGAUCACCGGUACUGCUGCGGGACAUGCUUCCUGCGCUUUUGCUGCGAGUAUAAGAAAGACCGACUUGAUCAGACUGCGUGCACGAACUACGUAACGCCGGGCUGGUUGGAGACGGCCACUCCGUCCCCCAGCCCGACCGGUGAUCCCUAUCCCUACAUGGAUCAGACCAACACGGCGGUCUACAUCACCUGUGGGAUCAUAGCCUUCAUCAUAGUGUUGGGAGUGUCGGCCAAAGUUGCAUAUGACAAAGCCACAGAGCCGCCUCAGGAAAUGAAUAUACACAGGGCCCUUGCAGACAUCCUGAGGCAGCAGGGGCCCAUCCCUAUAUCACAAUACGACUGUGAGAAUUUUGCAGCCAUGAAUGGCUCACCCAAAGACAACACACCAGUCAGAACCUCAUCCAAGAACCACUACACCCCUGUUCACACCUCCAAAUCCAACCAUGGUCUCCACUACGGAAAAGAGAGCGUCAGAAGCAGUGGAGGCGCUGACCUUCACAACUUUAUCUCUUCUGGUUUUGUGACACUGGGACGAGGCCAUCAGAAAGGAGAAAAACAUUGGCCGGUCCGCUCCCAGAGUCACCAUGGUACCCAUCAGCACAACUAUAACCAUGUGGCUCUAGGUAGCCCCACACGCACACCUAAGAAUGCUCACCGAUCAUUGAGACGUGAAAACAAUCGGAUAAGUGGCAUCCUGACCUCGCAGACGGAGCCCUACGACCUGUCUUUCUCACGCUCCUUCCAGAGCCUGUCACACCUGCCACCCUCCUACGAGGCGGCCGUCAAAGCCGACCUCAACCGGUUCUCGUCCUUGAAGAAACUCACAGAUAAAGAAGUCGAAGACUACUACACUCGUAAGCGCCACCUGCCCGACCUGGCAGCAAGAAGCACUCUUCCCCUUCAUGUUCUCAAAAUGAGUCAAGAACAGCACCGGGAACAACAGCAGAGCCAGCCCCCACAGUCCUCCAUCUCCCAGGCCCCUCCGCAGUCACAGUCCUCACAACAGCAGUCUCAGCAGAGGCAGAGGCCCCGUCGUGUCCAGAGGGCUAUGUCCCAAGAUCGUGUCCUGUCCCCUCAAAGAGCCCCCCAGCAAGAUUAUACCAUGUCUUCUAACGGUGUUUCCCUGUAUGGAGGUAGGAUCCUGUCCGAUGAACAGCUCCUAUCUGCUGAACGUCUUCGAUCCCAGGAGCGUCUUCUUCCACAGGACCGCCACACCUCCCAAGAUCGCCUCUACUCCAAGGACCGUAUGUACUCCAAGGACAGACUCCUGUCACAGGAGCAUCUUUAUUCAAAAGACCGCCACUACUCCCAAGAUCGCCUCUAUUCACAAGAACGUCUAUACUCACAAGACCGCCUCCUGUCCCAGGAUCCUCUGCUCUCGCCAGAUAAGCUGAUGAGGUCGCUGAAGCGCGGCAUGGUCAGCAGCAUCUCUGGCGGGUUUUAUGGCAGUGACAAGUCAAUGUCACGGGCCAUCUCACACACAGACGUGUUCAUUCCAACUACGCCUCUAAUGGAUCGCUACAAGAUGACCAAAAUGCACUCCCAUCCCAGUGCCUCUAACAACAGCGGUGGUGGAGGCAGCGGAAGUGGGGUACAGGGAGCAGGCGGGAGUGGGCACUCCAACACCUUAGCCAUGAACCAGACAGCAAAUAAGAGGCAGGCAUUUGCCUCGAGACGGACUCACACUGUGGAACAACUCCACUACAUCCCACAGCACCACCAGCAGCAGCAACAACAGCCACAGCACUACCGCACAGGCAGCAAGACUGAGGUGACUGUGUAACUGUUCAGGAAUACUCACUGCUGAAUGCCAGGGGCUGAAUCUGAUUGACAAACAUUGGUAUACUGGCCUUCUUUUAGAGUAGGAUGGUGGCAAUUUUGCUUUCUUUGACCAAGGCUUCUGCCAAAUUAGAGAUUCCAGGACCAAGAACUUCCACUUACUUACUGUGAGAGACCGGGAAAACGAGCUACACUGUACAUUGCAUACACAGGCCCAGCCAGAUCUGAAGCCAGAGGAGGUUAUGGAUGGGGAAGGUGUAGUAUUAUCCUGCUAACUUGCCUACUAUUAUUUCCACUGUCUUGCCUAUCCUAUUCAUCCACAGGCUUUGGCCCCAUUCUGUGUAUGUUUUAGUGGGAAAGCACCAUUUGUGUCUGUUUAUGCCUUUAUCAGCCCCCUUUUGGCCAACAAAUCUAUUCUGUGACCUUUUCUGGCAAAUCUUAAAGGGCUUUGCAUGGUUAAACACACGAACCGAUUCCUACGUGACUUCUGUUGUGCGACAUAACACCACCACAGGUGAUGAACUGAGAGAAUGAGCCUGUAAUAACUUUAUAAAUAUAUAAAUAAAUGAAAAAAAGGAACCAUUUGUAUGCCCUGUCCUACUCAUAGUUGUAGAGAAUCUCAAUGAGAGAAAUUGAACUGGAUGUUAUCAGCACUCCUAUUUGGUGCCUCUGAUAGGUGUUCUAUUUCGAAAAAUGAAGUGGUUUUGUGGGUUACAAAGCACAAUCAAUGAAAAAAACAUGUUCUGUUUUGAUUAUUAAUUUUGAAUUUUAAUACUAAUGGCUAGCUUGUUUUGUUCUUAAAGCAAUGGCGUUUUUUUCUCUUCUUUUUCUUUUUUGUUUCCUCUUUUGCUUCCAGUAGAUGAUUGUAAAUAAGCUAUUCUAGAAGCAGUAUUAUGGACAAGUCUGUACUGGAUGGACUUUAUAUUAGACUGUCUGUUUUCAAUAGAUUCUUAAAAAACAACUAUAAACCAUUACUGUUUCGUGAGUUCAGAAUAGAAGCCCACUUAACCGAGUAUUUGACCGGAUAAAUUAAUACUAUACUGUGUGUGUCUUUGCAAAAACUGUUUGUAGGACGAAAAGUGAAUGAAUGUGUUAUUGAAAACUGAUAUACCACUGUUCAUAUUUGGAUGUAGACUGUGUUUCAUUGACUUCAGAAGACUUGAACAUCAUGGAAAUGGAAUAUAAUGCUUGUCAAAGUAGGGUCAAAUAAACCAUCCAUAUUUUUCUAAA